GUACGACACAAAAAUGUCAUUUGAUCAACCCAUUUCAGUCAAUUUGAAAGUUGCAAAGCAACACGAGGAUAAUGAGGAAUGGGAAGAACAUCUGAUUUUACGAGUCCCUCCAGAUGUUGUGAAUAGAAUGGAGAAAGCGGUGAACGGUGAAAUAGAUGCUGAAGAGCUUGGAAUUAAUUUCCAAGAGGAUAACCGAACUGUUCAAAUUAGACUUGGAAACCAGAUUUUGCCUGCAAAAAUUCUUGAUCUUCCAACUAUUAACGAGGUGCACAAAACUCUAGAUAAUAGCACAUUGUACAAAGUAACAGAUGUUUCUCAAAUGAUCAUAUGUGAAGGAGCCAUGCCAAUCCCGAAAGCUGAGCGGAAAAAGUUGAAUCCGGAAGGUAUUGAAAAUCGGGAGCCAAAAAUAGAAGUGGAAGGAAGUGGAGUAGAAAACAAAACGAAUGUUCAAUCAAAAACUGCACGUCAAUUGGCAAAAGAGAAAGUCAAAGAAUACCACUACCCCCACGGAAUCACACCACCGAUGAAAAAUGCCAAAAAACGUAGAUUUAGAAAGAAAAAGGAGAAAAAGACAAUGGCUGUUGAAGAAAUUGAAAUAGAAUUAAAACGUCUCCUUCGAUCUGAUUUGGAAGCCCAGUCUGUCAGAUGGAAAGUAGUGGAUGAUGAUGAAACGAAUCCUGAGGACGAGGACAUUGAAGUGUAUGAUAAUGACGACGGUAGUGAUCUGGAUAAGGAUGAUAAAGACUUAUUUCUCAGUGAUGAUGAAGACACCCUCUAAAUGCAGGAAAUUUUUUGUAACCGUUUCAUUUUUCAUUUUACAUUUUUUUCAUUUUACAAAUCACAAAUUAAGAAAACCUUUCAUUAAUAGUUUCAGUGAAACGAAACAAAUAAACAAACAAAUGAACUU